AUGGAAGGUGUCGAAGUUUGGGACUCAGUCGGCCAGAAGCCGCAGCUGCAGCCACAGCUGGAAGCUCUACAGAAAUUCCUGAAACAUCAGAGAAACCAACUUGCUUCCAGAGACACAACUCGGGGAAGCAGAGCAGCCAAGGCCUUCCGAGCCGAGCUGGUGAAACAGGGCGUCCUCGAGGAGCCGAAGCCCGUGGACCCCAACUUCACCAGCGAGGUGCCAGGGGUGUGCUGGGACAAAGCGAGCAAAAAGUGGCAAGUGCUGCUCACCCCCAACAAGGCCACGAAGGGACCAAACAAGAGGAUUCAUGGCGGCUUCUUCACCGAGAAGGCCGCCGCCGAGUCCAAGGCCUUGGAGCUCGCGAAGCUCCACGGCUUGGAGCGCAAGGUGACGGCCGUGGGUCGCUUCUCGGAGCUGCCGAUCUUCGGGGCGAAGGUGCCCUACCCCGGGGUGACCUGGGAGCGGAGGAGUCAGAAGUGGCAUGCGCGGUGCCGAAGUUUCCGCGCAAAGCCAAAGGACCACAGCGAGGCCGAGCUCGAAGCGUCUCACAAGAAGGCCGUGGUUUGGAGGAAAAAGCAGGAGAAGGAGCGGGUGAAGGCGAAGAUAGCACAGAGGCUAGCUGCAGACACCAGCGGUCGAUUGCUCUCACGGAGCAACAGGCAGAACCAAAGUGCCUUGCACUUGGCGGUGAUCCUCGGUGCCAGCAACAGCCUGGGCGCCAGGCCUUUGGACUACGCCAAGCGCAGGAACGACGUGGAGGCGGUUCAGAGCAUCACUGCUGGUGAAGCACUGGUAGCAGAGCCGGCGGCUUCAAGAGCAGUGCGGCGUUCGGGCGCCGAGCUUCAGUCGCUGACAGCGGAGGAAGCCACGGAGGGCGAAAAGGGCAGUGCCUCGUGGAGCGAGGCCGACGAGCUGGCGGCUGGGCGGCAGGAUGUGGAAGAAGGCGAAGACAACGCACGGGGGCGUGACGGCAUCGGCCUCGCUGCGCCGGGGCUCAGCACCGAGUUAGUGGCCGCGGUGAUCGUGGCCGUGGCCUGCGGCGGCGUCUCGGCCAAGAGCCUCCGUCUUUGUUUGGUCCUCAUCGUCUACAUGCGCGGCCGCUCAGUACUUACUCGUGUCCUCAAUACGCGCGACCGAUUUGCGAACGUUGAACGUCCCAUGGGUGGCGAAGGGAGGAUGCAGGGUGCGGCGGCGACUGGGCCGCCGGGGAGCCAAGCCGGGGAGCCGGAUAACACGCCAGCCAAGCCCGAGGCGGUACGCCGCAAGGAGGAAGCGUUGCCGAACCGAACCCAGCGACGGAGACGGGCUGCCUGGGUCGUCGAUGUCCGGCAGAGGCAGUGGAGUAGGCCCCGAGGAGCGACCAAGCCAAAGCAAUGCCAGGGGCCCAGUGGGAUCGAGGAAAGCAAAGAAAGAUCUUUGCGGACUUUAGUCUUCAGCUUUGCGAUGCUGGGUGCCCUACCUCGCCGCCAUGGGCGCUGUGGUGCCCGUGGUGGAAUCUACUUACAUUGGAUCUUGGGCCACGUGGAAAUGCACUUUGUACCGACAACUGGCAACGCUUUCAUUGGGAUAGAGCCCGAAUUAGUGGCCUUGAAGCCAAGCUUGCUGCUGGCGAUACCACUCAGGCGUUUUGCUAUGCCACACCACUCACCGUCCGCCAUCCGCAGCGGCCCCCUCUGCAUGGUGGCGGUGCCACUUGAGCCAGGCAACUCGCUGAAGUCCUCUCCCGCCGUGGUGGUCCGGGCAGCCUGGGGGUCUGACGAAGGUCCAAACGGCGCCAUCCUCGCGUGGAGGACGGGUGAAAAGCAGGCGAAGAAGGGGAAGGUCAGUCAAGGUCCGCGUCAAGCUGCCAAGGCGCCGACCUUCGCCCUGUUCGGAGACCGGGCCCAGGCAGAGUCUCCGGCGCCGGCACCUGCGCAGAGGCCGGCGCGCAAGGUCAAGGCCAAGCCGGUCAAGCAGGAAGCCAAAGAGGAGGUAGGAGAAGGUGAGUCCAUGUGGGAGGACUUCUCAAGUGUAACUGACAAGGAGCUCCAAGAGAUGAAGGAAGAGAUGCUGCAGGAUGCAGCUACCAUCGUUGGGCAGGAGGUCAAAGAGGAGGUUGAAGAGGUUGCCACGAACACCGAUGCAGUAGAGCCAGCAAUCCCUCCCACUGCCAAGCGUCGCCGCCAAGCUCGAUGGGAAACACAAAGAAAGCUAGCAGCCCAGACUUUGAUUGAGGCUUUCGUCAAGAUGGACGAAGCCGCGCCGGUGCCAAAUCAGAUUCCAUUCCCCCAAUUUGGGAAGGGUGUCAAGGCGCUUCAAGAUUCUGUCCCUCAAGCUCCCGAGGCUCCCGCGACAUCAGCGAAACCCGUGCGCUUCCGGAGACACAACUCGGGAAAGCAGAGUGGGGUUCCAAAUGUGACGUGGAACAAGGGCUGCUGGGUGUGGGCAGUCAAUUUCCCACUCUUUGACAAGAAGGGUAAGAAGCAGGGAGCACGGACGUUCUCCCUCAGCAAGUUCAUGAAGAAGGGCCUCACCGAGGCCGAAGCCGACACGGCCGCGCUGGAGGCGGCCAAGGCCUUCCGAGCCGAGCUGGUGAAACAGGGCAUCCUCAAGGAGCCGAAGCCCGUGGACCCCAACUUCACCAGCGAGGUGAAGGGGCCAAAGAAGAAAAUUCAUGGCGGCUACUUCACCGACAAGGCUGCCGCCGAGUCCAAGGCCUUGGAGCUCGCGAAGCUCCACGGCUUGGAGCGCAAGGUGACGGCCGUGGGUCGCUUCUCGGAGCUGCCGAUCUUCGAGGCGAAGGUGCCCUACCCCGGGGUGACCUGGGAGCGGAGGAGUCAGAAGUGGCGUGCCCAGUGCCGAAUCAACGGAAAAAAUCAGCAUUUUCAUGUGAAGCCGAAGGACCACAGCGAGGCCGAGCUCGAAGCGUCUCACAAGAAGGCCGUGGUUUGGAAGAAGAAGCAGAAGAAGGAGCGGGUGAAGUAUUUCCCCAUCCUUGACUACUUGACUGAUGUGGUCACCGUUUUGCGCCCAGGUGUGGUGCUGCCCAAGCUGCGGUCUCCGGACGAUGGUAGCGAAGAGAUGCUGAAAACACGUCCAAGAGCCAUGGAGCCGGACGUCGAAUGCCCCGACGUCGAUCCAGAGACCUUCAGCGAGAAGGGCUUCACCAUCCUCCCGGAGUUGAUCGCACCAAAGGUGUGCGAGGCUCUGAACGUGCGGCUCGAACACCUGCUGAAGGGGGACUACGAUUUGGGCGUGGCGCCGUCGAAGGUGCCGGGCGCCAAGGAGCUGCGGCGCUAUGGCUCCGGCGGCAGCAAGGUCAACACCUUGAGGAUCGUCGAUGCCUGGAAGGCGGACGCCUUGUCCUUUGGUGACGAGUGGCGCCGCGGAGUCUUCUCGUGUUCUCGGCGGUGUGGACAUGGUUUUCAUGCCAAAGCCGAAGUUCCAGCGGGUGGUGCUCUCCCCGGUGCUGGGGCGCUUGGCGGCCACGUUGGGCGGCUGGUCCGGCGCGCGGGUGGCCGAAGACCAGGUGUGGAUCAAGCCGCCGGGCGCUGGCCCGCUGGUCUUCCACCGUGA